UUGCUCGCAGUGAGAUGAUAAAUUGCUUUACUAACUACCGCAGGUGGCAAUAUGAAUGCAGUGCACCCUCAUGUAGUAGAUAUAAAAGUCAUAACUCUUGUGGGUUCAGUCAAUUUAAUCCAUUAAAUUUGUAAUCAUGUCUGUUCUAACUAGUUUAUAUCUCAUUAUCAGUGCUUUAUGUUUUCUUAUAAUCGUGACCACUGUACAGACAGUACAGCAAGGAUUUGAUCAAAAGCAGUCAGCAAGUCCGUACGUUCUGAUAGGAAGAUACAAUUUUCAAGCUAAAGACGAUAAAGGAAACAACAUGGCAAGUAUUUUCGUACCAAAUCCGCCUGCAUACGUAGUAAGAAGAGUGUCAAAAUUGCCUGGAGCAGAGGGUAGUUCUCAAGUAGCAAAUACAAUAAUUAAUUAUACCUACAAUAAACCCUGGACACCACCACUACGCAAAGAAACGCAAUGCUCGGAAUACCUAGCUGAAAUUGCACAACUCAACAAAAAACUCAUACAGCAACAAGAGACCUGCACGAAUAAAACACAAAAAAGUUCCAAACAAAAGACUCAAGGUACCAAAAAGGCCCUCGUGAAAGAAUCUGAGAAAUCUUCCGGUGUCAACAGGCAGCACGACGUGUACUUCAGUUCGAGAAAGACCUACAACGAGUUAAUGAAACUGUUUAAUAAGGUCACCUUAUCGGGCGUCGAUUCGAAAAUAAAAACCAAUGCUGAAUAUUAUCUGCAUCAUUUGAAGAUGAAUCUUCUCGUAUUGACAAGCAAUAUACAGGAAUAUUCAAAAAUAGAGGACUGCUUUAAAACGUUUGUUAUUAGGACCCAACAACUUCGGGACUACAUGACGUACUACUAUGAUAGUUGCAAGGCACAUUAUGAGCAAACGUGUAACAGCAAUGUAUUGGUAAGUUACCAGGAUGGUUUGCAUGAGCUGGAAUACAUGAUCGCCGAAUGCAUCCGUCAGCGUCUCAACUAACAACUAUACUGAUAUACGAAUAAAUAUGUAAAAUUAAGUUCAUAAAAGAAUGUAACGAUAUUUAAACAUAAUAAAGGCUGGUGGUUUGUGCAAAAACGAUGAUAUUAGGUGCAGUAACG